GUCUACUCUAUUCUGCCAAUGACCCAUUAACUACCACUUAUUUUGUUCUUCAAUUAACUACUAUCCAUAAAAAUCCUUUGAACUUAUACACACAUCAGAAUUUCAGCUUUUAGUUGCUUCAAAUUUAAUUUUAUUGAUCAUGGUCGAUUUUACAUGUUUCUGUAAAUUAAAUUCAGUUUUGACUAAGUUUGGAAGAAAAACCGAUGGUUUUGCACACGGCAUCCGAGAGCAUGUGAAACUGGCGCCAAAAAUCACAGAUACUGUAAAAGGAAAAUUGAGGUUGGGAGCAAGAAUUCUUCGGGUAGGCGGAGUAGAGAAAGUGUUUAUGCAACUCUUUAGUGUUACAGAUGGAGAGAAACUGUUGAAAGCAUCACAGUGUUACUUAUCAACCACGUCAGGUCCUAUAGCUGGCCUUCUCUUCAUAUCAACUCACAAACUUGCUUUUUGCAGUGAGAAAUCCAUCAAGAUCACUUCUCCAAAAGGAGAAUUUAUUAGAGUCCAAUAUAAGGUUUCUAUUCCACAUGAAAAGAUAGAGCAUGUCAACCAAAGUCGAAAUAUGAAAAAACCUUCAGAGAAAUAUAUAGAAAUAGUCACCGUGGAUGGUUUCGACUUCUGGUUUAUGGGAUUUUUUAAUUACCAGAAAGCUUUAAGAUGUCUUCAACAGGCCAUCUCUCAAUCUGACGAGAAAAAGUUGUAGAAAUGAAAUGAAAGUGUACAAAUUCAUAUUUUACAUCAUUUUAUUAAUAUGAUAAGCUAGUUGUUUCUUAAACUAUUGGUUCCAUGAUGUUUUAAACUCAAUCUUCACAAAAUUAC